GUCUUUCGUCCUGCUUUCGUCUUUCAUUUCCAUCUUGUCGAACAACCUUUGCGCUCUUCGCCAUGAGAAGUUGUGACAACAAGUUUGUCAUCAGUUGCUUGAAUGCGGAGCCAUUCAACAAAAAAUUCAAUCUUAUCUCCUUUGAUGCCAUAUCUCCUGAAGAACUCAACCAGAUUCUUCAAGAAGUCCUUGCCGAAAUUGACAAGAAUUUCAAGCCUGCAGAUGAGCCUGAAGAUCCAGAGCACAUGAUAAUAAGAUUGUUGAACUCUCUUAGAGUCCUAAAAUACAAACCUGCCAAUAAUUUAUCCCCUUCAGAUUUUCGGCAAGGCUUGGCGAAAGGUGAUAAAAAAAUUAUUCAUCCUAUCCUUGAAUGGCUGUUCCAAAAUAUUUCAGAGCUCAAAAAGAGGGCAUAUCUGGCACAGUUCCUAGUGAAAGUUGAAAUUCCUCUGGAGAUUUUAGCAAAUGUUGAUAUUGCUGCCUUAUAUGAACAGUAUGGAAAGUUAAUCGAAGAAUUCAAAGCUGUCCACAAAGAGUAUGUUGCUGCCACUACUGCGAAGAUCAAUAUUGCCGAGUUAAGAGCAGAUUUGGAUGCCAUGCAAAGAGAAAAAGAUAUUGUUUUAAAAAAAAUCGACCAGCUGAAGAAAAAGACGGAACUUUUGCCAGAAAAAGAUAUUAUGUUUCAAGAAAGUCGCCUUCUAAGAAUUGAGAAAGAGAAACGAAAAGAAUUCAUGAAUCAAAUAUCGAAUGAAACAGUACUGUUACAACAGUGCCAGAAGAAACAAAUGAGCAUGAUGCAUCAAUUGGAGGACCUGAAGCAAGCUUCACAAGGAAUGACAGUCGAAGGAAUUCUUCAAAAGCUAAAUGAAGAGAAGGAAGUCACAACUUAUGUCACAAAUCAAAAACUACCCCGAGAAAUCGAACAGGUUGAAAAGGAAUUAAAAAUUUUAGAAUCGGUCUGCAAUGAUGAUAAUUUAUCCAGAGACUCAGUCGUUCAAAUUAGUGCAAAGAUUGAAGAGGUCAACCAAGAAAUAAAUAGGCAAAUUGAGAAACAUCUAAUCUCAGUAGAUCCUGCUAGUGAAAAAUUAGUACCUUACCGCCAACAAGCAACACUUAUUGCUCAGAAGAAAAGCACUGCUGCGGAACAAUUUGCCUCUCUGAAAAAAACUCUAACAUCUUUAGAGACUGAACUGAAGGAAAAGGAGGAGAAGAUCAAAGAUAUUCUUGGUGAAGAAUCGUUAAUUUUGAAAGAGGAAGACUUCAAACGCUAUGUCAACAAAUUAAAAACACGCAGCUCUUUAUACAAAAAAUGUAGAUCAGAGUUGACCAUCAUAAAAACUGAGAAAGGGAUCUUGUCCAGGACUGCUGACUUGCUCGUAGCCAAAGGAAGGAAAUUGAAUGUUAAAUUGGAUGAAACUGGUUCUGAUGACCCUGAGACAGCAAGACAAGACAACAUAAAAAAUAUGGGUGGUGAAAUUACUUCCGAUGUUACCGAGCUUGCAGUUUUAAUAUCACAACUCCAUAGUGACAUUGCCGAAUGCAAAGCGAGGAUAGUUCCAAAGUUAGAUGACUUGAAACCCUUGCAGAAAGAGUUCAAAGAUAUAGGUUUAGAAUAUGAAGAACAUCAAAAUAACUAUAAUCGAAAGUCAGCCAUUUUGGACAGCAGUAUUAUGAAAUUGAAACAGGAAGUGAAAGCUUUAAGAGAAGAGCAGGAGCGUAUAGAGUCAGAGAAAAGUUUGAUCAUGGCUCAAAGCACUAUUGCCAAGGUAGAUCUACAGCGAGUGAGGAAUGAAUCUCAACUGUACCUAAACAAAAGUAAAACAGAAACAACCAUCAAGGAAAAACUGAAUGAUAAAAUUGCAGAAAAGGAGCGAGAAAGUAAAAUUUUAAAAGACCAACAACAAGUUAUUGACCGGUCACAAGCAAAACUAUUGAAGCAGCAAGAAAUUUGGACGAAUUUAGAGCUGUUAUUCAAGUUAAAACUCAAUUGUAUGGAAAAAGCCAAGAAAAAAGACGGUGUUCUAUACUUGCAGGAGGGAGCAGAAACGUUGAUCCUGCAAUAAAUAAGAAAUCAAAAUGGCAAAAACAAAGAAAGGGUCCAAAAUGAAAGCAGAUAAGCCGAAAGGAUCGGCCCACAGCCUGAAUCCAGACCGGGACACAACUAAUUUGAAAA